UUUCUUGUCCGAAAAGAAAUGCAAAAUAAAUAUCCGGGGUCAAGUUACAUCGUUCAAUCUGCCAGUUGAAAUCGGCAGCACUCGCAGGAGGGGUUUUCGCGCAAUCCGAUUAUCUAGUCAAUGCAUCUGUAUAACGCCUGGCUGCCGCCGCCGGUGGCGGAGGAGACGAAGCGAGAGAAGGAGGCCUUUGCCGGAGUCGUAAAGUCCGUCGUAGAAUCCUACAACCGUGAUGACCCCGAAUCGGUUUAUACAACUCUUAAAUGGGUGUCUAUUAUUGAUCUAUAUGUGAAGGCUAAAAGUGAGUUAGCGGUUGAGGAUGUCUCAACUAUUGUAAAUGUUGGAUUAGAAUUGCUUCUUGGAUCAGAGAACAAGCUUCAUGUUCAGGUUAGAUGGGGAAACAUUUUGGCGAAGUUACUGAACAAAUACAAGAAAAAGUUGUCCCUCAAAGUUCAAUGGAGGCCGCUAUACGAUAUUUUGAUUCGUACACACUUUAAAAGGAAUACUGGCCCUGAAGGGUGGAGAUUGAGACAAGGGCACUUUGAUACAAUAACUUCACUUGUUAGAUCUUGCCGAAGAUUCUUCCCUUCUGGUUCUGCAUCUGAGAUUUGGUCUGAAUUCAGAUCUCUAUUGGAAAAUCCAUGGCACAAUGCUUCUUUUGAAGGUGCUGGAUUUUUGCAACUUUUUCUCCCUACAAACUUUGAAAAUAAGGAAUUUUAUGACAAAGAAUGGAUUAAGACUUGUUUAGAUCAUUGGAAUUCAAUUCCCAGUUGUCAGUUUUGGAAUAGUCAAUGGGCCUCUGUCACUGCUCGUGUCAUAAAGAACUAUAAUUUCAUUGACUGGGAGAAUUUCCUGCCAGACUUAUUCAAUAUAUACUUGAAUAUGUUUGAGGUACCUGUGGCUAAUGGCGGUGCAUCAAAUCCUUUUGGCAUAGAUGUCCCAAGAAACACAAGAUUUUUGUUUGCAAAUCGGAGUGUAACCCCAUCAAAAGCCAUUGCUAUAUCAAUAGUGUACCUAUUGAAACCUGGUGGCUCAGCACAGAAGCACUUAAAGAAUUUGGCCGAUCUCUUAGAGCAAUAUUAUCAUCCUUCAAAUGGUGGACGCUGGACCUACACAUUGGAGCGUUUCUUGUUCCACAUGGUGAAUUUAUUCCAGAAACGCUUGCACCAUGAGCAACUGAACAACGGAGUCAGCCAUCAGUCGACAUUAUCGUUGGCUCAGUCUGACAGGGUUGCUUUUGUGAAUACCAUGUUGAGAUUGAUUGAUCGGGGACAAUAUAGCAAAAAUGACCAGCUUUCAGAAACAGUAGCUGCUGCAACAUCUAUUUUGUCAUAUGUGGAGCCUUCGCUGGUUCUGCCUUUUUUGGCCAAUAGGUUUCACAUGGCUUUGGAGACUAUGACAGCAACCCAUCAGCUGAAAAGUGCGGUGACAUCAGUAGCAUUCGCAGGAAGAUCUCUCUUAUUUACCUCUUUGUCAGACUUACAUAUGAAUUCAUCAAGUUUCAGCGGAGCUCAUUCAUAUGGCGAUCUUCUAAUGAUUUCUUUGUCCAAUUCACUAUUUGGUAUGGAUGCCAAUGAUCCACCCAAGACCUUGGCGACCUUGCAGUUGAUUGGUUCUAUAUUCUCCAGUAUGUCUACAUUGGAUGACAAUAUAAAUGUAAACCAGGGUUCUGCAAUUCCAUCGUUUUGCGCCUCAGAGUGGCUGGAUGAGUUCUUGUGUCGACUGUUUUCUUUACUUCAACACCUGGAAUCUAGUAAUAUUUUGAAUGAGGGCACUUACUCUUCGUCAAGCUCGGGAACUUUCUUGGUGGAGGAUGAUGGCCUUUACUACUUCAGUAUGCUGGAAAUAUUACUUGGGAGACUAUCAGACACUCUGUACAAUCAGGCUCUAAAAAAGAUCUCCAAAUUUGUUUCAACAAAUAUUCUUCCUGGAGCAGUUGUGGAGGUCGGGCUGCUUUGUGGUGCUUUUGUGCACUCUAAUCCACAGGAGGCAGUUGUUCUUCUUAUCAAACCAAUGUUAGAGUUAGUCAUUUCAUCAUUGAAAGAAACUCCCACUACUGGUUUUGGAAACAGAGCCACUUCAAUUGCCUCAUUCCCAAGAAAGGAAAAGUCUACAAUGUCACCAGCACUUGAAACAGCUCUUGACUAUCAGUUGACAGUACUCUCAUUUGCAAUAAGAUAUGGUGGUGCAUCACUUUUGCAUUACAGGGAGCAAUUCAAAGAAGUUAUCGCAUCUGCCUUUGAUUCUACAUCUUGGAAGGUUAAUGCGGCUGGCGAUCAUGUCCUACAUUCUCUUUUGAGAAGCCUUAUUCAUUAUUAUCCCGUCGAUCAAUACAAGUGUGUUAAGCAUCAUCCUUUUGCUGCUUCUUUAGAGGAGUGGAUUGAUAGCAAAGAUUUUCCACUUGAUGAGUCAGUUUUGGCACCAAAAUGGCAUGUUCCUGUAAAAGAUGAAAUCGAUUUUGCAAAUGAGCUUCUAAAGUUGCACUUCGAAUCUGCACUAGAUGACCUGCAAACAAUAUGUCAAUCCAAACUUCAUUCUGAUCCAGGAGAUGAGAAAGAUCACUUAAUAGUGACUCUUCUGCGUGUUGACUCUUCGUUACAAGGAGUUUCAUCAUGUUUACCUGAUUUCAGGCCAUCCUCUGAGAAUGGGAUGGUUGAAGAGUCUUUCAGUUCUCAUUUUAAGAUUUCUGGUGCAACUGGUACUUGUGUUGGCAGCUCAGAGUUAAGAAAAAAAGCUGCUGAUGUAAUCCAUGAAACCUGCAAAUAUUUGUUGAAGGAGAAGUAUGAUGAUAGCAUUCUUUUAGUACUUUUGAUACGCAUAAUGGAUGCAUUGGGAAAUUAUGGAAGUUUGGAAUAUGAAGAAUGGUCUAAUAAUAGGCAGGCUAGGAGGCUUGAAUCUGCUGCUAUUGUAGAGCCUCCUACUAAUUUUAUUUUGCCAUCUAAUUCUAAAGGAAAACGAAGGCCACGCUGGGCACUUAUUGGAAAAGCUUAUAUGCAUAGUACCUGGAGAUCAUCACAGUCAGCUUUUCACUUGUUUCGCACAAGUGGAAAUUUGUUUCCGUCAGAUAGUGUAAAGCUUUUAGUGGAGGAUCUUCGUAUUCUCUCAUUGCAUAAUUAUGAAACUGUUCGAAGAUCUGCGUCAAAAUGUAUGCUAAAGAUGAUGAGAAGAUGGCCAUCGACAAUUUCAGAAUGUGUUCAAACACUUGGCAACAAUUUGAGAAACCCAGGCUUGCCAGAAAAUGAAGUCUUAGGUUCUUGUGCAGUACUUUCAUCCCAAACUGUCCUCAAGCGUUUAACAACGGACAAGAAAGCUCUUUCUUCAUUCCUUCUAGGAAUUUUGUUUAGCUCUCAUAAUGAAUCACAGAAGGCUCAGAAAGCAAUUACUGAGCUAUUUGUCAAGUUCAAUAUUCAUUUUGCGGGACUUUCAAGAAGUAUUUUUGCGGGUCCUGGUAGUCAGGCAGAUGGGGCUAACUUCACAGAUCUGGUUGCUGAAAUUAGAUCUAUGAGUUUUGAGAGUACCAACUUGCAUUGGCGGUAUGAUUUAAUGGCAAAUAGAGUUCUGCUAUUGCUGGCGAUGGCAUCCAGAAAUGAUCCAAAUGUACCUACAAAAGUUUUGAGUCAAAUUGCUGGACACUUUUUGAAGAAUUUGAAAAGUCAGCUUCCACAGACUAGAAUUCUUGCAAUCUCUGCUCUAAACUCCCUUUUGAAAGAGUCACCUUACAAAGUUUCCGCUGAAAACAGUGCACAUAGUCUUGCAUCCUUGCCCCGUGAUACAAAGUCAUCUCUUGAAGGAGAUUUGUAUCGAAUUUUUCAGGAAAAAGGAUUUUUUACUGAGACUUUGAAUAGUCUUUCUCACGUUCAUAUCAUCACUGAUAUGGAUACUGCGUCUUCUAGAGGACAUUAUGGAAGUUCUUCAUUGCAGAGCUUUGCAGACAAGUCAAUUACUCAGUUUUAUUUUGACUUCUCUGCGUCAUGGCCUCGCACUCCAAGUUGGAUUUCCUUGUUUGGAAAUGAUUCUUUUUACUCGAGCUUUGCAAGAAUCUUUAAGAGGCUAACUCAAGAAUGUGGUAUGCCUGUUAUACUAGCUUUGAGAAAUGCCCUACAGGAGAUUUUGGAAUCUAAGGAGAGGUCAAAGCAAUGUGUUGCUGCUGAGGCAUUUUCUGGAGUGCUGCAUUCUGAUGUUCUAGGUGUUUCAGAAGCGUGGGACAGCUGGAUGGAAUUCCAGCUGAAGAACAUUAUUCACUCGCCAUCUGUAGAAUCUAUCCCAGAGUGGGCUGCAAGUAUUCGUUAUGCAGUCACCGGGAAGGGAAAAUCUGGAACUAGGUCCCCCCUUCUGAGGCACAAAGUAUUAGGUUGCCUUAUGAAACCUUUACCUGAAACUGUCACUACUUCAGUAGUUGCCAAACGUUAUACUUUUCUUUCAGCUGUCCUCAUAGAAUUAUCUCCUCCUAGAAUGCCCGAUUUUGAGAUACAGGUUCACUAUAAUCUUCUGAAAGAGUUGCUCAGUAACAUGAACCACUCAUCUGCCCAAGUGAGAGAAGCUAUUGGUGUUACCCUAUCUGUGCUAUGCUCCAACCUUCGACUCUAUGCUUCUCUUGUUGAUGAUCACUUAUAUAAAGUUGAAGCUAGCAGUGCAGAUUUAGAAGCUCCAGGGUGCUGGGAUCAAUAUCUUGUGAAAAGGGCUCCCGAACUGGUAAAUAAGAUACAAAAUGUCACUGCAUCGGAAAAUAUGGAUAUUGUCACAGACUAUAUCUCAGAAAAUGGGAUGUCAAGCGAUCAUUCUCAAGAUGAUGUCAAGUGGAUGGAAACGUUGUUCCAUUUUAUCAUUUCAUCUUUGAAAUCUGGAAGGUCUUCAGUCUUGCUGGAUGUUAUUGUGGAACUUCUGAACCCUGUGAUAUCUUUGCAGGAAACUUCAAACAAAGAAUUGUCAAAUCUAGCUAAGGCUGCUUUUGAAUUGCUAAAGUGGAGGGUGCUUCGAAAGCCUCAUUUGGAAAAAGCUGUUCCUGUUAUUCUCUCCUUAGCCAAUGAUCCCAAUUGGAGAACCCGAUCUGCAACCUUAACAUUUUUGCGGAGUUUUAUGUACAGGCACACUUUCGUACUCUCUAGCAUGCAUAAGCAACAAAUCUGGCAAGCAGUGGAGAAGCUUCUAACAGAUAAUCAACUAGAGGUGAGGGAGCAUGCCGCUGCUGUUUUAGCUGGUCUGAUAAAGAGUGGGAAUGAAAAUUUUGUUGAUGACUUCCGGAAGAGGGCUUAUUCACAAGCAAAUGCAGCAAUUAAGAACAGAAGGAACAGAAAGAAGGCCUCAGCAAUGCCCGUUGCAUCAGUACAUGGUUCAAUACUUGCUCUGGCAGCAUGUGUUCUAUCAGUUCCUUAUGACAUGCCCAGUUGGCUGCCGGAACAUGUUACACUACUGGCCCGGUUUGUGUCUGAGCCAUCCCCCCUGAAAUCAACCGUCACAAAAGCAAUUGCAGAAUUUCGUCGUACACAUGCUGAUACUUGGAAUCUUCACAAGGAAUUGUUCACCGAAGAGCAACUUGAGGUUCUGGCCGAUACAUCUUCAUCGUCUUCAUACUUCGCUUGAUGCAUACCGUAAACUUGUAAUAUACCUCUGUUUCUGCUCCACUGGCAAAGUAAGGAUUACAGAAGAUGAUUGUAGUAAAACCAUUUUUGGAUAGCCAUUUGUGCAUUGCCUGUAAUGUAACAAUCUGAUUUCUAGACAAUAUCAGUACUUGGAUUUCAUAUCU